AUGACAUCUUCUGUUGUACCCCGAAAGUAUGCCGACUACCAUCUGUCUCCGAACCGGCAGCCACUGCCCUCCAUCUCAGAGUUCAUUCGAGACACUAAGCCAGCCACUUGUACUCAUACACCUCUCUCCAGCGUCCAGACUGACUCCGGACUUUCCCUGCCUCUCGCAUCUAUCCAUCGAACGCUACCUAAGACAGGGAAGAACCCAUUAUUGCAUCAACUGCUCUCAGCUUCACCCUUCCCUCCCCGACAACAUACCCUACCUGCCGUCUCGGAUCCUCUACCGCCACCUUUCGCCAGCCUUCAAUCGCCUCUUCCUGUAUCUAACUGUUACCAGAGUCCCUCAGUCAAGGCGGAGAUUCUAUCCCAGCAUCGCCAACCCCUGCAGCAGAAGUCGCAGGAGACUCAUCCUCCUUUCAGACAAGUACAUUCUCACUCUGCUCCGCCAUCCCUCCCUCCAGAUCCGAUUCACUCUCAACCCCGCCCACUGCCUCCUGGCCAGAUACCUCUUGCCCCUUAUCCAACCCCUCCCAGGCACGACUUUGCUACUCAAGCCGAAUAUGACGCCUCAGUCAAGAGACACCCUAGGAGCUGGAGCUACCGAGAUUCUUUAAGUCAAAUUAGUUCCUCAUCCCGCACCAUUCUUAACUAUGCUGAAAAGUAUAAUCGAAUUGCUUGUGAGCAGCACGGGGCUCACGUGAUCUUAGAAAGGCUGCCAACGGAAUGGGAACUUAGUAGCAUGCUGAGUAACAUGGAGCUCAUCAAGCGUUCUCUAGAACAUAUUGAGGACUUCGUGCAAACAUCGAUUCAGAAUGAGCGGGCUAGUGAAGGAGCCAAGAUGAAGGAGGAGAACCAUGCAACUGUUUCUGUAUAUGCUAUGCAGCCCUCAUCUGGCACGACAGGAACCACGAAGCGAAUGGCAUGUGCGUCCCGAACUGGCAGAUGCCAAAAUUGCGGCCGAACCCAGACCCCUGAAUGGCGCCGCGGACCUAAUGGAAUGAGGACACUGUGUAACGCAUGCGGCUUACACUAUGCAAAACUAAAAAAUAAGCGUCAAAUAAAAGCAAGUUCGAUCCGUCCGUAA